ACUGACCUUUGAAAGGAGAAGUAGGUAGCAAACAGUACUUUCCUGGCCGUGGCAGUUAAGGGCAAGAUCAACUGGCUGGACUAGGAAGCAUUUCUGUGACCACCGGGACAGAGUUUCGACAGGAGUGAACGGCAGGCUGACACUCCUCCCUCCACCGUCUCCCAUGGCUGCUUGGGCAUCACCAGCAAGAACAGAGGCAGAAGCUCUCACUGAUUGACGCUCUCCGUGCCUCAGCAGCCUGUUCUUGUCAAAGCUGUCCCCAUCAGCUUCCUAGAAAUGGCUGCAGACGUCCACAAGAAGGGUGGAGAUGUACCGAAUGGAUCAUUGGUCCCAGAUGAUGGGCAGUAUGCUGAGAGAUCAGAGAGUCCUACACCAGGACUGGCUCAGGGAACAGAACCAGGAGCAGGCCAGGAAGGAGCAAUGUUUGUUCAUGCCCAGUCCUAUGAAGACCUGACCAGCACAGACAAUCCAGACACAAUGGCUCAGAUACCAGGUGUCAGGGAAGAUGCCCCACCUGACCAGACAAAGAUAGAAGAGAUCAGCAAAGACUUCAGUGAACUGAGCACACAACUCACUGGCAUAGCACUGAACUUGGAAGAAGAAAUGAGGCAAAGCAAAGAGGACAAGCUGGACCUCUCACCACAGGUUUCAUGCCGGGACUCUGUCCUCUCAGGGAAAGAGGAAGAGGAUGUAACCAUGGAUGCCUGGCGCAUGCAUCAGAAACAUGUCUUUGUUUUGAGUGAGGCAGGCAAGCCAGUGUACUCCCGAUAUGGGUCUGAAGAAGCCCUGUCCAGCACCAUGGGGGUGAUGAUGGCACUAGUGUCCUUCGUAGAAGCACAGAAGAAUGCCAUCAGGUCUAUCCAUGCAGUGGGGACCCAAUGUGGCUUACAUCUCGUCGUAAUUCCAUAUCUCUUUACUUAUGGGUACAAGGUGGUGUUUGUGUGUAGGAGCCCCCUGGUGCUGGUUGCUGUGGCUCGGACCCAACAGUCAGAGCAAGAGAUUGCCCAAGAGCUCCUUUAUAUCUACUACCAAAUCCUCAGUCUGUUGACCUGGACCCAGCUCAAUCGCAUCUUCCAGCAGAAACAGAACUAUGACCUGCGGAGACUGUUGGCAGGCUCUGAGCGAAUCACGGACAACUUGCUUGACCUGAUGGCCAGAGACCCUAGCUUCUUGAUGGGGGCUGCACGUUGCCUGCCUAUGGCUGCUGGAGUCAGAGAUAUUGUGACCACUUGCCUCCAGCAAGCCAAAGCAAAAAGUCUGGUGUUUUCCAUCCUACUUUCCAAGAACCAGCUGGUGUCUCUGGUUAGGAAAAAGGACCAGUUCCUGCAUCCCAUUGACCUCCACUUGCUCUUUAAUCUAAUCAGCUCAUCUUCCUCAUUUAGAGAAGGAGAAGCCUGGACUCCAAUCUGCCUCCCCAAGUUCAACUCCAGCAGCUUCUUCAGUGCCCACAUUUCAUACCUGGAGCAAGAUGCAGACCUAUGCCUUCUCCUGAUCUCUACUGAUCGCGAAGACUUCUUUACUGUAUCUGCCUGCAAGCGCAGAUUCCAAGAACGUCUGAAGAAGCGUGGUGUUUAUCAGGCCCUCUUGGAGGCGCAGCGCACACCUUUCUACAGUGUCUCCCAGGUGGGGAUCCCGUAUCUCAGGCACUUCAUCUACAAAUCAAAGAGUUCAGGACUCUUCACCAGCCCAGAGAUUGAGGCCCCCUACAUCACUGAGAAGGAAAAGGAGAGACUCCUGGGACUUUAUCAAUACUUACAUAGCCGUGCCCAUAAUUCUUCCCACCCUCUAUCGAACAUCUAUUAUACUGGAUCUCAUGAAAACCUCCUGGCUUGGGUGACUAAUGCUUUUGAGCUGUACAUGUGUUUCAGUCCCCUGGGGACCAAAGCAGCAGCUGUCAGUGCUGUCCAGAAGCUUAUGAAAUGGAUCCGCAAGGAAGAAGACCGUCUUUUUAUAUUAACCCCACAGACUUAUUGAACUUGGUGUUGUGGCCUAUGCAGUCUACCUAGUGGUUGUUGAGCUUCUGCUUCUCAGAGUUGGUGAGUGGUCUAGAAAGAAAUCUUCACACCACUGGUGUGCCAAAUGUGAAGAGGAAAGGAGAAGUAGGCAGCAAAGCUCUCUGACUAUCUGGAACCUGCGGAAGGGGGCUUGUCUGAAACUGAAGCAUAAACCUCCAGUGGGAAAGGAGAAGAGAUGAUGCAGUUCAUCCAAAAUAACAAAGGGCCUGACAAAAAGAGAUUCACCUAAAUUUGAAAGGAAACUGUCUAAAUCUGAUUCCUUGAAGGUCAGAAUCGUUUAGCCCUUGGCUAAAAGCAUUUCCACACUUCCCCCUUUUUAAAGAUCAGUCUUAUCUUGUAUCGUGAAUUUUUUUGAAAAGGAAAAAACCCUCCAGCAUAUGAAUAAACUUUCUGUAUAGGCUGUGC